AUGAUGCGGCUGCCUGCCUCUUCAAUCGGCUUCAGCACGGCAGCUGCUCGCCGGUCCUUCGCGACAGUACCAACUCCCCUCACUCGCGCGCCGCGAUCAACGUCCCGGAUCCUCUUGCAGCAGAGCAAGUUGCACCAGACCUCGCGUCGCGCAUACGCAGAUAUCGCUCCCGCUCCCGUUGAGAAGGCAAAGAAGCGCCGCUUCCCGUUCUUCAAGACUCUUUGGCGCCUCACAUACGCCUCUGCGAUUAUAGGCACAGCUUAUAUGGCUUAUGGAGUUUAUGAGUUGAGACACCCAGACGACCAAUUCGAACCGGAUCCAACGAAGAAGAACCUCGUCAUUCUGGGCACAGGUUGGGGCGCCGUAUCUCUCCUCAAGAAGCUCGACACCGAAAACUACAACGUUAUCGUUAUUUCUCCCCGAAACUACUUCCUCUUCACGCCCCUCCUGCCAUCAUGCACAACCGGCACCGUCGAACACCGAUCCAUCAUGGAGCCUAUCCGCAGCAUAACCAGACAUAAGCAAGCGGCCGUGAAGUUCUACGAAGCAGAGGCGACCAAGAUCGACUCACAGAGAAAGAUUGUCUACAUCAAUGACAACUCUGACAUCAAAGGAACUUCCAGCAAGACCGAGGUCGCUUAUGAUAUGCUUGUUGUUAGUGUUGGCGCUGAGAAUGCUACAUUCGGUAUUCAAGGUGUAAAGGAGCACGCUUGCUUCUUGAAGGAGAUAGGUGAUGCCCAGACUAUCCGCAAGAAGAUCAUGGACUGCGUGGAGACUGCCACUUUCAAGGGCCAGACACCCGAGGAGGUCGAGCGUCUCCUUCACAUGGUUGUCGUCGGUGGCGGACCAACUGGUGUCGAGUUCGCCGGUGAGCUCCAGGAUUUCUUCGACCAGGACAUCAAGAAGUGGAUUCCUGAGAUCAGCGACAAGUUCAAGGUCACUCUGAUCGAAGCCCUCCCCAGCGUGCUUCCCACGUUCUCCAAGCAACUCAUUGAUUACACCGAGUCAACCUUCAAGGAAGAGAAGAUUACCAUCAAGACUAAGACGGCUGUCAAGAAGGUCACGGAUACCACCGUAGAAGCCGAGGCAACUGGCCCUGAUGGAAAGAAGACUAUGGAGGUCAUGCCGUAUGGCCUGCUCGUCUGGGCCACUGGUAAUGCGGUUCGUCCCAUCGUCAAGGACCUUAUGGCCAGCAUCCCCGCGCAGAAAGACUCGAGAAGAGGACUGGCCGUCAACGAAUACCUCGUCGUACAAGGCGCCAAGGAUAUCUGGGCCACCGGUGACUGUGCCGUCGCAGGUUACGCGCCAACCGCCCAAGUCGCUGCACAGGAAGGUGCCUUUCUCGCCCGCCUCUUCAACACCAUGGCCAAGAGCGAAGCCAUCGAGAGCAAGAUCCACGAGCUUAGCUCGUCGCUUAACUUGCAACCUGGAGACGCUGCUGGCAUCGCAAAGGAAAUCGAGUCGCAUGAGAGGCAAUUGCGCCGAGUCAAGGAUAUCAAGCCGUUCCACUACACCCAUCAGGGCUCUUUGGCAUACAUUGGUAGUGAGCGCGCGGUAGCGGACGUGAGUUGGUUAAAUGGCAAUUUUGCGACUGGUGGUGGCUUGACCUAUCUGUUCUGGAGAAGUGCGUAUUUAAGCAUGUGCUUUAGCACUCGUAACCGUGUCCUGGUCGUUCUCGACUGGUUGAAGUCCAAGGCCUUCGGACGAGAUGUAUCCCGCGAAUAA